CACGCCAGGUUGUGUCAUGUGAUAGCGUUUAUUUUGCCCAUAUAGUUUAUCAGGCUAACUUUAGGUUCUCUUCACGUGACUUUGUCUCAUAGCUUUUGCACAUACUUCUAGGACUAGCAGAAUACUAGAAUCUUGAUAAUAUUGAUAUAACAAACAUACAUAUACUAGAGUCUAUAGCCUAAAGAUACACUACAGACAAAUAUACUAGAUCAAAUAAGUGCUCUCAUUUUCAGGAUGAAGGGGAUAAUUUUACUGUCUUUGCUUUUCUCUGUCAGUGUUCUGAUAGAUCUGUGCAAUUCAACAGGACCAGCAAAGUUGAGAAGAGUCAAGCUUCACAAGUUUAAAACUGCUCGACAGACUCUGAAAGAGCACCAGAAUAAUGUGGAUUAUUUGCUACAGAAGUACAAAGCUAUGAACAGUGACAGACCCAUUAAAGGACCUGGCUAUGAACCACUGAGUAACUACUUGGAUGCACAAUAUUAUGGAGUCAUAGGACUCGGCACUCCAGCACAAUCUUUUAAAGUAGUUUUUGAUACUGGCUCAGCUAAUUUAUGGGUACCUUCAAAGAAAUGCAAAUGGAGUGAUAUUGCUUGUUUGCUUCAUAAUAAGUAUGAUAGCACCAAAUCCAGUACCUACCAGCCUAAUGGAACUAGCUUUGCUAUUCAGUAUGGAACUGGAAGUCUUACUGGAUUUCUAAGUACUGAUGUUCUCUCUAUUGGCGACAUUCAAGUUCAGAAUCAAACUUUUGCUGAAGCAGUGACACAGCCCGGCAUUACCUUUGUUGCUGCCAAGUUUGAUGGUAUUUUAGGCCUUGGAUAUGACACAAUAUCAGUGGACAGAGUUGUUCCUCCCUUUUAUCGAAUGGUUGAGCAGAAGUUGGUUGCUGAUGCAGUUUUCUCAUUCUUCUUGAACAGAAAUGCUUCUGCCAGUGAAGGUGGAGAAAUAGUUUUUGGUGGCAGCGAUCCAGCCUUUUAUGAAGGAAACUUUACAUAUGUCCCUGUUACUCAAAAAGGUUACUGGGAGUUCAGAAUGGAUGGUUUGAGUGUGGCCUCAACAACUUACUGUAAUGGUGGCUGCAAGGCCAUUGCUGAUACUGGCACUUCUUUGUUGGGUGGCCCCACUGCAGAGAUAGCUAAAUUGAAUGCUCAGAUUGGUGCGACCAAAUUCAUUGGUGGAGAGUACUUGGUGAACUGUGCAAACAUACCCAACAUGCCAAAUGUUACUAUCACUCUUGGAGGCAAAGACUUUGUGCUGACACCUAUUGAAUAUGUUUUGACUGUUACAACCAUGGGACAAUCUGAAUGCAUUAGUGGAUUUAUCGGCCUGGAUGUUCCUGCACCUAUGGGACCUCUUUGGAUCUUGGGUGAUGUUUUUAUUGGCCCUUAUUACACAGAGUUUGAUAUGACCAAUGGCAGAGUUGGUUUUGCCCCAACAAAGGAUCCUACUCCUACCCAGAGAUCUAACAGUUUGCAUUUCAAAAGUUUUGCUAGCAAAGAAUGGGAUGAAGUGGAGGGUUACUAAGUGAUUGAUCUGAAAGUUGAAUUUUUGUUAUGAAUGUUGUUGUACAUCACCAAUUGUUAGUUAGAAAAUAUGAAAGCGUUGUGUUAUUUAGUUUUCAGGCUUUUUGAAAACAUUACGUACCUUAUUUAAAAAAACAGCAACCUAGACCUUUUUCAGUGCUUUUGUUGGUUUUUGGAAAUAACAAAAAUCAUUUAUGAAAUUUUAAUGUUCUGAUCAUUUUCAUAUCUAUAUUUGUGAUAAUAGUUUUAAAUUAUUCUUUGCUUUCGAUAUACACAGGAAUGUAAAAUUAUAACUAAUUUACAGAAUGAAAGUGCAAAGCACCUCUGUAUUUAUGUUCAGUUUGCUUGCAAAAACAAAUAUAACUCUUUGAUGCUUGUGAAAGUGUACGAAUUCUUGCUCUCACAGGGACUGUACAAGCACUUAUCUUCUUUAUAGUUUAAGUAUUGUACAUUAUCUUGGUGUAGAUUUAGAAAUAUUUUAUUAGCAAUGUUCAAAAAUACAAAUUCCACACAAGGAAGGGUUAACAAAUUUCACACUGGCCUGAUAUGUGCAACUAAAAAAAUAAUCUUUUGAGAUUUUCAUGAAAAACUAAACAAUUUCAAGGACUCUAAAUUGAACUUCACUGUUGCCAGCUAAAUAAAAAAAGAAUUAAGCAAUAAUCUUAACAAUAUCUCAAUUUGUGAAGUCAUAUUAAAUCCCCUUUAUUAUCACUUAACUCUUUCUCUCCUAACUGACGAUACUAACGUUGAUUCCACUAGAAUGUGAUAAAUAAUUAUGGAGAUAAAGAGUUAAAUAGUUGCCUAUUUGUUUUUGAAUGGGCUCAACAUGACCUAAAUUGUGCUGAUGUGCCAACAAUUACAAAUAUAAUCAAAAUCUUGUUUUUUUUUUAUACGAGUUUUAAGAGUGGAAGUCUACUGCUUCCUUUAUAUUCAAAUUAUUUUUGUGCUACCAACGGAAGAGCUUAGAACAUUUUAGAUUCGGCUGUGCUAAAAAGUGCACAAACUAUAAUGUACCUUAAAAAAAAACACAGCUUAUUAACAGCUAUUUCUAGUUUUUCCUCUGUUUAAGAAAAUCUCAAAAAAAAACAUUUCACUGUCCUCAAAAAUCUGUUCGCCUGAUUUGUAUGGGGUUUGUAUGUUAUUUUAGCAUUCCUUUAUUGCUUCAUGUUUUUGAUUGCUUAUGUUCACCUUUUUUUCUUGAUUAUGAUUUCAAAUAAAAAUAGAAAUAAAAAAUGA